AUGGAGUUCCUGCGGGUGGUGGAGGAGGAGCUCAGAGGCCUUGCGGCAGAGGCCCGUCGACGACACCCGGUCGUGCAGGAGGCGGCGGAAAGGGCCAUUCUGAAGCUGAGAAACAUGCGCGAGGAGUAUGCGGUGGCGCUCAGGCAGCAGCACGAGGGCAAUGCUCCGCCUCUCUCCAUGUUCCGGUCCCAGGACCUCCUCCGACCGUUCCUCUUGGCGUGCAACCAUGCCGACGCGUCCCCGCACCUGAUGACUAUGGCCAUGGACUCCAUCCAGUACCUCAUCAACCGAGACGCCAUCCUGCCGUCCGACGCCCCAAACAUUCUUAGAGUCCUGGCUAUCCAGAGCCAGAGCAAAGACGCCGACGUCCAGAAGCGGGUGCUGCAGACGAUGGUCAUGGUGGUGACGUGGAAGAGCUGCGACAUGACCGAAGACACCGUGGCACAGGCAUUGGGCGUCUGCCUCGGGCUGCACGAUGCGAAGAACGCGAUGGUGCGCACCGCCGCCGACAUGACGGUGCGCCAGAUCAUCUCGCUCCUCUUCGACCGAGUCGCCGACGAGCUUGGCGUAACCGCCGCCGCCGCCGCCGCUGCCGCUAAUAUCGCCUCCGGCGGCGGUGCCGGCGGCUUCGCUGCCUCCGGGGGUAGGGGUAUGGAGAUGCAUGGUGAGGACAGCGAGGCCGGCACGGCCGAGGAGGCUGUGGUAGAGGAGGAGGACGAGGGGGGGGGGGGCGGGGCGGGGGAGGGGGCUCUGCGGUGCGCCCAUCUCGUGUUUCAGGAUCUGUGCGUACUAUCGAGGGGCGAGCAAGGCCAGUGGAUCAAGCGGACCAGCGUGUCGGCUAGUUUGGGGCUAGAGUUGGUGGAACAGGUGCUAUCGCAGCAGCCGAUCUUGUUUAGAAGGUUUAAAGUCCUCAGGCGGCUGCUGUCACAGGAAGUGUGCCCGCUCAUACUGCAGAUCCUCCGGCGUCGGAUGGACUUUCCGUUGCUGGUGCGGCUGCUGAGGGCGGCGAGCACCCUGACGGUCACCUAUGGCGACCUCCUUCCGAAUGAGGCCCACGCGAUUUUGUCCACCAUGCUCGGUUCGCUUGGCACGGGUCUCGGCAGCGAGGUCGAUCAUCCAGGUGAACAAGAGCCUAGGUAGCGUGGAAGACGCUACUAGGAGCACCUGUUGUAGUACGUCGUUUGCCACACUUUGGUAUGCUAUCUAUCCAUGUUGCAGGGGUGUCAAAAGCAGCAAAUUUCCUUUAGGAAAAAAAUUGCAAAAGUGACCUCGGAUCAUCCAGAUGGAAAAUCGACUGACCAAUCAAAUUGCACGGAACGGUCCGAAAGCUCCCCAGAAGCACCUGACGCGCACGCGCGAGGGCGCCGCUCGUGUGUGUGCUCUGAUGUGCCCUGCUGUGGGACACAACACAACACCUUUGCGCGGUCCCACUCUAGACCACAUGCCUCAUGACACACCCGAGCAGCAGCCGGGCGGUGAAGCCACGCAGACACCUGCCGCCGCCGCUGCUGCUGCUGAAAAAAACAGCAGCAGCAGCAGCAGCAGCGGCGGCGGCGGCGGCGGCAGCGAGGUUGAGCCUGGCUCUCUUCCACAAUUUUCUUACUUCUGACCAACUCCUCCUUCGUUUCCUCCAGCGUUCUCUCUACGACGGUGAGGCUGCCGCGUUCGAUAGCGCGCCGCGUGUUAUCUUCUGCUGACGCGGCAACCAUACACUGCCCCGUCCUCUCUUCAAACUUCGUUUUGUGGUGAUUCAGCUUUCGCGCAGCGCGCCUCCUGCUGCCGAACGGCGCGGACCUCGAUUUUAAUUUUUUUGGGAGGGUCUG